UAAGUCGAAUGUUUGUUUACAAACAAAAUGGAACCUUCCUAUUUCGUUAUAUGAAUCGUUACAAAAUGAGGCUAAGUGAGUGAGCUUUAUGGUUAUUCCUAUUUCAUAUUAUAUCGUAACAACCUGUAAUCAACAGGCCUUCCGUUGGCAUCGCUUGUGGGUAAAAUAAAUUAAUCGAACUACAAAUACACCAGAUGUCUAAAAGGUAACAGUCAAACGCAGAACAAUGGUGCAUUUGGACUGGAAGAGACUCCUCUCCUUGUCACCUGAGGACCUGUCGGAAGAAGAGAAGGAUGAUUUGUAUGGUAGCCUCAUAUGGUAUAAUCCUGAACCCAACAUUGACACAGAUCACUUGAAAGUCCUGUUUCGUUUCACUCAGGAUGUUCUCAAAUACAAGGGCGAACAGGUUGAAUCGCUGGUUGUGGAGCUUGACGACCUCGCAGCAAGACAAGGAGAAGAGGAGGCUCGGAGGCACCAGGAUCUGAUUGAAGAAGUCGAAGAGCUACGCGCCCAGCUGACUCUCGCGAAGCGCGACACGGGCCACGUGUUACGAGAAGGUUCGGAAACUAAAGACCUCAGACAAGAAUUGUUGAAGUGUGAACUGCAGAAUGAAGAACUGGUGGCCGAACUGAAGGCCCGUGAGAGGGAUAUCCUGGUGGAGAAAAGAGAAACUGAGAAGUUUGCCGAACAAGUGGCUCAGCUGGAGAGGGAGAAAGCAGACUUGCAGAGAGACGUGGUGGCACUGCAGAAUGAAGGUAGCGAGCGGCACAGUACAACGCAGCGGGACGAGUCCCCUGAAUUCAGCGCAGAGAAACAGCAAGUGUUGGCAGACAUGAUUCAGCAAAAGAACAAGCACAUCUCAGAGCUUCUGAAUGAUGUCGAGGCAAUUGAGAAGGAGAAUGUGAUGCUACGUGAGAAGUUAUCACACCUGCGGGAUGAACUGUCUGAAGCCACCAGUCACAUAACCGAAAUGACGGGAGAAUGCACGGGGCUGAAACACACGUGUCAAGAGCAAGAAGAGAAGUUGUGUAUGGUGGAGGAACAAAAUGUGGCACUACGAUCCCAAGUGCAGGAGCUGGUGGAGCAGAAGUUGCGACGUGACACUCAGCUGGACGACUUCAGUGAAGCGCUGGACUCUCGUGUGGAGGAGUGGAAGAGAGUCCUGGAAGAGAAGAAUGCUGAAAUAGAGGAAAUGCAGGCGAGACUGUCUCACCUCGCAGCACAAGCACCCAACAUUCAGAUCGACACUGAGCGCAGUCGUGUUGCACUGCUUACCCAGACGCUGCAGGAACGAGAAGACCAGAUAGAGGACCUUCAGAAGCAGUUGGUGCAAGCGACAGCAGAGAUGAAUGAAAGUGCUGCGCUUUUAGAAGAAUUCAAGUCGCAGACAUUAGAGCACAAACUACCGACUGGGGAUGAUCCCAGUGCAGCUGCUAAGUUAAAGACACAGUUACAGCGAGCAGAAGAAAAAGUCCGACUGUUUGAAACCAAAAUGAAGGAUGCUGAAGAAGAUGCUCACGCUAAAGCUCAAGAGGCAACAGAAAUGAUCGUCCAGCUGAGAGAAUACGAGUCUGGGGAGUAUGGUCUGGCUGAGGCUGUCGGCGAGAUCAAGGAGCUCAGACGACAACGUCGUGUUCGAGACAGGCAAAUAGAGGAAUUGGUGCAGUCAUCAAACAAACUGCAGGCUCAGGCUAGCCAAUUGGAAGAGGAGAAUUUGGCUCUGAGGGAGAAGCUUGGCAUGCCGCCAGAGAGUCCUGUGUGUGUGGAUGGGAUCCUUGCCCAAAGGAAGAAAGAUCAACUGCUGAUGAAGGUACUUCAACAGCAGGCAGAGCGGCUUGAAGAAGAGAAGUUGCAGCUAAAACUUGAAAACCACAAACUGAACCAGCGACUUGGCAAGCUGAGUCAGCAAGUCCAGUCGCUAGAACAGCCCGACAUCAGCAUGACAAAUAACACGGACAUUGUCAAGCCAUCGCCUCUAAGGAAUCUCAGUCAGAGUAUGGAGAUUGGGGCCGUCAUCCCGUCACAAGGCGAUCGGCAGGGUUUGAGCAUCGAAGAGGCAGAUGGGGUACAACAGCAAGAGAUGAGGUUGUUCAGACUGAAGCAGGAGGUGGUCCAACUGGAGGGAAAACUCCAAGAGAUGACGACAGAGAAUGAAGCCUUGAGGAGAGGCAUGCAUGAGAUCAUGGACAGCAUUCACAACCAAGAUGGUUCAAGCAGUGUACAGGUGGAAUCCAAGAGUCUGGAGAGACUGCUCGAAGCACUCGACACGAGACAUCUGAGUGGGUGGUACCAUCCUGCGAUGAGACUACAGGCACAGUUACAUUCUGUGGAGGGGAGCAAUGCUGUGCUGCGCGAACAGCUGCGGUCUACGCGACUGGAGGAAGGCAAGAGUUCGGAGCAGCUGCAGAAAGCACAACUGAAAAUAGAACGGCUAGAGCACAGUUUGGCAGCAAUGCAAGAAGGGAGAGUGGGCACGAGAGGCCCGGUUUGUUACGAGAUGGCUCUGCCUCCGGAUUUGCCUCUCUCCAGUGCAGAAAUUAUUUCAAAACUCAACAUGCACCUCCUGCAUGUGUUAGAUGAGUAUCACAAGGAAGAGGACAGGAAUGUAACCUUAGAGGGAAAGCUGGAAGAAUUUAACAAGAAGUUUAAUAUAUUACGCCACCAGGUGGGUCUGCUAUACAAACAACAUAAUUCGGAGAAAAGCGAGUGGAAGAAGUCUCAAUCAGAUUUUGAUGCAGAAAGAGAGAAGUUGAAGGAUCAAGUUGAGAGCCUGGAGGCAAAAGUGAAGGAAUAUGACGAGCACUGGGAUAUUCUGAAUAAGGGAGAGAACGAACAGAAACAGCUCAUAGCUGAGAAAGCAAAACAGAUGGCUCUCACCAUGGCUGAUGCGACACUACUGGGAAGAAAAUGCAAGGCGUUGCAGAACUUGGAGAGCUACUCGCGUAAAGAAAACGCAAAGAUGAAAGAUGAGAUGGCUUCCAUGGAGUGUGUUGUGACGCAGAGAAUUGGGGAGCUGCAGAGGCACAAGGAAAUGUUAACAUUUAAAAUCUCAGCGCUGCAGAGCAUGCUAGAAGACUCUGUUCCGCUCACAACGCUGGACGCCGCGAACAAACAGUUCAGUGAGCUUACAUCCAAGUACAGGGACCUGCUUCAGAAGGAGCAAAGUCUGGUGUGUGAGAGCCAGCUGGCAGCCCGUCUGGAGGGAGAGGUGGAGGUUCUGCAGAGGGACAAGGAAGAACUGCAGAGUGCACUACAGGUUGCCAGAGAGAAAGUCCACUCCUUGGAAGUUUUCAUGACGUCUCUUAACCAAGAUACAGUCACGCAGGACACGCACGACAACCAGAUCUCAUUGCUGUCGAAGAAGUUGGCAACCUCGGAGCUCAAAGAACUGCACGAGAGACAGAAGGCAGAUCAUGCUGACAAGAUGUACAGCAUUUUGAAAGGUCAGCUGGCACAGCUGGAGGAACGCAAUGCAGAGUUAGAAUUGCAGUACAGCACUGUGGUCAAGCAGAAUCUGGAGUUGCAACAAGCGGAACGAGAACUCAGAGACAAUCUGCUUACAUUCGUGAGCCGCAAGGAAUUGCAGGAUGUGCAGGAAAAGCUGCGGAAGUCUGAGCAGGACAGGAUUGAACUGAAAUUGGAAAAAGACCGGCUGCAAGAGGUGAGCGACAUAGCCCAGGAGCAGGUGCGGAACUUGGAACUGUGGAAAUUGUCACAGGAGUACCAGCUGGACUACAUGAGACGUCAGAUUCUAGAACUUCAGUCUACUAGUGAUGAGAGGUCCAUUAUUGUAAAGCUGAAUCACGAGCUGCUGUCAUCUCGGCUGAGCGAGUCAUCAGCUCACAAGAAAGUUCAGCAGCUGCAGAAUGAGAUCUCCAAGCUGCUCUCUCAAAAUCUGCGUCAAGAAGUGAAGCUGGAUGAGAAGGAUCAAGCCCUCAGUCACGUGCGGGGCCAACUCAUCUCCCGAUGCAGGUCACUCCAUCAAGUGAUCCAGGAUCUCAGACGUCAUUACAGUGGUGCCAUGCCCCUCUCAACCCAAGACCGCAUGUCUAUGUCCUUACGCCGUCUUGGAGAGGAGAGACGUGAAGCUAUAAACAGGCUUCACGGUGCUGAGAAGUUGGCUCAUGAAGCAGUUACUGCGAAGGAAGAGAUGGAAUUGAAAGUGAAGUCUCUUCAGGAACUGAAAACUGCCCUCGAAUCAGAUGACAGCCAGAAGCAGUUGGUCGAGUGGCACAACAACAACACUGAACUCCGGCUUAAAGAGCUAAAAUCCAGGCACCAGGUGCUGCUGCUGGAGUCACGGGUGCGGCAGGCAGAGGAGAGGUUACGUCGACAGGAGGAGCACAUAGCGGUGCUGGAGCAGGAGCAGAUCAGCUCAGAGAGGAGUAGGGAACAGGCGCAGCUCAUGUGGGAACGGACACAGAGUGAACUGUACAAGCAACUGGCGGACUACGAGAACCAGCAGCACAAGUUCGCAGUUGAGACCCAGAAGCAAGCUUUGGUACCAGAACCUGACGAGGCUCAUGCAGAAGCUACCAAUCCUUCAAUGGAGCAACUCAGACAGGCCAUGAGUCUUGUCAGCACCCAGUCGCAGAGCCUGCUCAAAUACGAAGCAGAGCUGGCCCAGAUGAGAGGGAAGGUGGCGUCGCUGACUGCAGAAAUUGAAGAAAAAGACAGGCUUCUUUUCUCUAGAGACACGUUGCUGGCCGAGAUGAAGGUCCAGUUAAAUUCCAACGAGCAGAAGACUGCAGAACAACCGUCUAGCUACGUGAAGCAUGUGGCAGAAGAGAAGAGGGUGGAGGAAGAUUUAACCGAGAAGUUGGCCCUUAAGGCAACCAUUGACAGUCUCCAAAAUAUCGUGAAACAGAAGGAAGAUACUAUUGGCCGUUUCCAACAGCUGCUAAAAGAAGGUCGUGAUGAACACAGUCAGGCUGCAGCCAGACUCCAGGAAGAACUGCGCAGCCUUCAGACUGCUCUCAACAACUCUCAGCAGUCUUACACUAGACUCAAGUCCAAACUUUGCCAUCCUUCGCCAGACAAGAAACCCAUACAGUCCAUAGUGGAUCAAUAUGUGUGCCAGAUACAGGGCUUAGAGGAUGAAGUGGCAGAACUGCAUACCAGUAUGGGGAACCUAAGCAAUCAGCUGCACUCCUAUCGACAAGAGGCCGAUCGGUGGCGCAACCUGGCCGAGGACCGGCUUAAGAACGUGGCGGAACUUCAUAAGAGGUUAACUUUUUUGGAGAGCUCUUUGUUUAAUUUCAGUUUAGCAUACCGGGAGGAGUCGCAGCGUUAUCGUCUCGAAUCAGAAACUGUGAAGCAUGAUUUGGCUAUGGUGCAGGAAGAGCUCAGACAGCAAAUGGAAGCGGCCCAGCGCGGACCGUCGGAGGUCACGCAGAACUUUGUCGCCAUGCUGAGGGCCCAGUUACGAGACAAGGAGGCCAAGGAACGGCAGCUGCUGCAAACCGUAGCUGAUCUGCAGAAAGAGAUACAGCAGUUGGUAAGUACUCCAUCCAGGGAUACAACAGGCCAAUUGCAUUUUUUGACUGACAGCAAAGCAUUGCAAACUGAGAUCAAUAAUCUCCGGAUACAGUUGAAGAUGUCCAGAGAUGAAGCCAGCAAGUUACGAGAUCAGUUAAACAACAGGCUGAGGAUGUCCUCAAAGAGGGAGGCAGCAGUUGAGAGGAGAUCUGUAGCUACGGAGGAGAUGCUGCAGAAGAAAGUGAAGCAGCUAGAGGACCAGUUGCAGGAGACCAAACAGAAGCAGGACAAGGACAGAUCUGACAACGAAGCACGUAAAGUUAAAUCUGCGGAGGAAGUUGCUAGGUGGGACGAACGGAAGCGAUGGCAGCAGACAGUAGACAAACAGAAGCAGAAGCUGAAGGAAAAGACCACAGAAAUUGAGAGGCUGCAGUCGACCGUCGUCAGCCUUAAAGACACGGCCACCAGACUGGAGCGGGAGAAAAUUGUUCUAGACAGUCGUCUGAGAGCCAGAAGAAAUUCUCCUGCCUCAGGGACACGAAUUGAGGCUUUGGAGUUGGAGAAGAAUAAGCUACAAGUGGAGGUGGCAACACUGCAGAGCAAGUUGGAGAUGCAGCAGCAUCACUCUGGGGGACUCGGAGCCGCCAUGCUGCAGGAGAGGCUGGAGGCGCAACAGAGACGCAUCGCGGCGCUUGAACUGGCCAAGAAAGGAAGCGGCACUGUGUCCGAAGAACUGGAGAAACUGCAGGAAACAAACGCCACCCUGCAGAAAGCCAACCUUCUACUUGAGAGUGAGAACCUGGAACUGCGCUUGGACCUGGAGAAGCAUCGAACUGACACACCACGCCUCAAGGAACAAAUUCAGCACUUGGAAACAUAUGUUUCCCUCCUCAAAACAGAAAAUGCAGAACACGGCGGAGGCGCUGGUGACAAGGACGCUGAACACAAAUCUCUGAAGUCAGUAGCCGAGAUGGAGAGGACAGUCAUAGCGAUGAAGAGAGUUGUAGAAAAAUUGCAACGAGAGAACCGGCGCCUGAUGUCCGGCAAAAGAUACCAAAAUCUGAAUAUAUGCAGUCUGCCAAACAUACCCCAGUACCGCUUGCCAGCACACGGUCUAAGUUCUGCAGACAAACUGAGAACGAAAGUGACGACGGUAGAAGCUGAAAAGAAGGAGCUACAAGAAAACUACACAGAAGUGAUGCAGAAAGCGUCUCGGCUCGAGACGGAACUUGACGAGGCAAAUAAUCAGCUGAGGCUGCUGGAGGGCAGGCUGCGGACAGAACGAGACAACGCACAUACACACACAAAUGAGUUGCAGCUAGUGAAAUCUCAGCUGGAACACAAGUCCCAGCUGCUCGAUAAGGUGAAGGUGUUGCUACGUCGAGCUGCUGCUAAGGAGAAGAUGCUUCAUAACAAGGUGACGGCCCUGCAGCGACUGGUCCCUGAAACGCUCGGUCAGGACAGGGACACGUGAACUCUGGAUCUCUGUGCGAAUACACAGGAAUCUCAGUAUUUAUUUUUAUUGCUUUAAAGCACGGCUUUAUUUGCAGUUCUGUGAAGGGGUGCAGAAUGGUGUAUCAACGAGCUUAAUUAUUUUUGAUCUCAUGUUAUUUAUAUACACAAAAUAAAUUAUAUUCUGAGUUUUAACUCUCA